AUGAGCACUUCAUCGUCUAUACAGAAGACCAACACGAUUGAGAAGGACAGUGCCAAAAAUGUCGAAACCGUGCUGUUCGAUCAAGACUACAUCACUUUGGGUGGGCGUACCUACAGGAGGGACGACUUGCUGAACGCACUGGGGCCACAACAUGCGUCAGCGGCGUACCCGCAGUCCACACACAGGAAAUUGGCGAACCCGAUCCCCCUGGGGUUCGCCUCGUUCUCCCUCUCCUGUCUGACUCUGUCGCUGUGUAACGCUAACGUCCGCGGUGUCACUAACGUUAAAUUACUCAUCUCGUUGUUCAUGUUCUUUGGGGGCGCUAUCGAGUUGUUCGCAGGGUUGCUAUGUUUCGUGACGGCGGACACGUACGCAAUGACCGUGUUCAGCUCGUUCGGUGGGUUUUGGAUCGCAUGGGGGUGUAUCAACACAGACCAGUUCCACUCGAUCUCCGCGUACAGCGACGAUCCACAGAUGUUGAAUAAUAUCGUUGGCUUUUUCCUUGCUGGGUGGACAGUGUUCACUUUCUUGAUGCUUAUGUGCUCGUUGAAGACUUCGUGGGGGUUGUUCCUGCUGUUGACGUUUCUGGAUCUGACAUUUUUGAUGCUCUGCAUAGGAAGCUUCAUCGAUAACAACAAAGCGAAAAUGGCCGGUGGGUAUUUCGGUAUCCUGUCAAGUGUCUGUGGUUGGUACUGUCUGUACUACUGCGUCGUCACACCAGAAAACUCAUACUUCAACAUUAAACCGGCAAUGAUGCCAAACUCACCUGUAUAA